UCCUUAUAUAGACUGUCACUAGAUCCAUCCGUCCUUAAAUCAGUAGCCUCCCCGAUCCGGCCUUCAGCUCCCCGCAAACAGCAUGACUACCAAAGAGCAGCAGACAGCGUCCCAUCAGAGCUCGGUCCCCCUUUCCCCUGGAGGCCGACGCCUAGAGGCAACCCGCCAGCUGCAUAUGAGAGCGUACACUUUAUGCAGAGAAUACCUGAGGGGAGUAUGGAGAGACAUCGAACCAGACCAAAUGAGAGUGUCUGUGGUCAGUGGUGGCCUGAGCAACCUUCUGUAUAAGUGCAGUCUUGUAGACUCCGUGAGAACACAAUCCACUGAGCCUCGGCAGGUUCUGCUACGGCUGUAUGGAGCUAUUCUGCAGGGUGUGGAUUCUCUGGUACAGGAAAGUGUCAUGUUUGCAAUUCUUGCCGAGCGCUCCCUUGGACCACGAUUAUAUGGUGUAUUUCCGCAAGGACGGCUUGAAGAAUAUAUCCCUAGUAGACGGUUGGUGACAUCUGAGCUUGCUGACCCUGAAGUGUCCAGUGAGAUUGCACAGAAAAUGGCCAGAUUCCAUGGGAUGGAGAUGCCGUUCAACAAAAUGCCGGUGUGGCUGUUCAGUACCAUGGACAAGUAUAUGUCUGAGAUUUCCACUCUUUCAUUUACGGAAGAUUCUCUGAUGGAAAAAUUUAACCAGCUAAAGAGUCUCCAUUUAGAGGAAGAGAUGCAAAGUCUGAGAUUGCUUUUGGAAUCCACAGCAUCUCCUGUUGUCUUCUGUCACAAUGAUGUUCAGGAGGGUAAUAUCCUGCUUCUUUCAUCUCACAGUUCACCUUCAGAAAGACUCAUGCUCAUCGACUUUGAGUACAGCAGCUACAAUUACAGAGGGUUUGAUAUCGGAAAUCACUUCUGCGAAUGGGUAUAUAAUUAUCAUCACAAUGAAUGGCCUUUCUUUAAAUCACAGCUGGAUGACUAUCCAACGAAAGAGCAACAGCUGCCUUUUUUACGUUCCUACCUGGCUGAGAUGUUUCCUGAGCUCAAUGAGGAUGAACGUCGUGCUCAGGAAGAAGCAAUGGUUAUUGAGGUGAACAGGUUUGCUUUGGCCUCACACUUCUUCUGGGGUCUAUGGUCCAUUUUACAAGCAAAAAUCUCCACUAUUCAAUUUGGGUAUCUGGAAUACGCUAUGUCUCGGUUUGAAGCAUAUUUCCAACAGAAGCCUCUUUGGUCCUGAAGUGCAUGUGUAGAAAGUGUCUUGCCUCAAGCACAUCACCCCACUUUCACUGAUCACUGUAUUCUGGCCGCCGCCAUUAAUUGUCCUGUCUUUCUCCUUGGAUCGUGUACUUUUGUUUAUCAAAGCAAAUAUUCCUUAUACACUUUACCACCCGAUGUCUUCUGUGCACACUAUGUCCCCCUGGAAAACACCUUUUCUCAGUGCUGCUGUUAAAGUGGGUCAACAGAGGUAGCAGCCCUGGGCCCAGACUUAUGUCCCCUCAGCCCUCUCAACAGCCACCAAAGUCACGAGGUCUGUAUAGCCUCUUGGGCAUCCCCCUCUUGACAUUUUGUCCUCCUGCUAUAUGAUGUCAUAUCUGGAUGCCCAGCAGCAACCCUUUAUAUUUAAAGAUAUACUCUACUUGUUCACUGGUCAAUAGCCAAGUGCUAUUUUCUUACCUUUCUUACAACUAUAUUGUUGUUAUAAAGAAACACUAGGCAUUGUACUAAAGCUUCUGCUAAUAUACUGAUUUAAUAGCAGAACGUCUGUUUGAAACAUUAACUUUGCUUUUGAAUGUCCUUUCAAAUGGUUUUAAGUCUCUCCAUCUUGCAUGGGAUAUGCAAUGCUGCUAUGUCUUUAGUCCAAUGACUGAAGAUAUUAGUGUUACUAGUACACGCGAUAAUUUAAUUCCUAUUCAUUUUUUUUAAUAAAAAGUCAAUUUAAA